AAUUCAUGGAGGUAAUCACCGUAAUUUAGUUUAGUGUUUCAUGAUGAACACAAUUUGGUUCAUGAUCUUAUGUGCUACAUUUUUAAGUGCCCAAUUUGCUGUUUUCUGCCACGCUUCAAUGAAUCCGAGCGAAACAAUACAAAACUAUGGAUAUCCGGUAGAAAUUCACAAAGUUGUCACUGAAGAUGGCUACAUAUUAAACAAUUUUCGUAUACCUUACGGAAGAAAGAAUCAAACUUCCAAGCCACGAUUUCCAGUUCUUUUAGUGCCAGGAAUAGGAAACACCCACUCGGUGUAUUUAACAUCGGGCCCAGCUCUAAGCUUGGGGUACAUUUUGGCUGACGAAGGAUUCGACGUGUGGCUCGUAAACAACAGGGGCACCAAAUGGUCUAAGAAGCACCGAACUCUCGACCCAAUUCGGAACAAAAGAAGUUUCUUUGAUUACAGCUUUGAAGAAGUCGGCCUGUAUGAUCUUCCGGCUAUUAUUGAUUACGUUUUAAAUGUAACAAACUUUAAAAAACUGUUUUAUAUUGGGUAUUCUCAAGGAACUACAUCCUUCUUUUUAAUGGCGUCGGCCAAACCGGAAUAUAAUGAGAGAAUAAUGCUGAUGACCGCAUUCGCGCCAGUUACGUACCUUUUUAACAACCAGCAUAUAUUACUUUCUUUUUUUAAGAUUCAUCUUAAGGAAUUACAGGAAUUAACAGAGAAAAACGGCGUGUAUGAUUUGUUCUCUCACCCUUCCCAAAUCACAUCGUUAAUUAAUGCAUUUUGUAAUAAUAACAACAACGGUAUCCAAUUUAUUUGUGCUGUUCCAGUUUAUUUUAUAGGGGGAUAUAGCCCAAAUCUAAAUAAGAGGAUACUUGGUGAAGUCUAUAAAGACUUGCCAACUACCAUUUCAACCAAGACGCUAUUCCACUACACUCAGUUGGCACUCGCAGAACAAUUCCAAAUGUACGAUUAUGGUGCAACCAAAAAUAUCGAUAAGUAUGGUCAGACAACACCACCACAACUUAACAUUAGCAAAAUCACCGCGCCGGUUGCAUUUUACUAUGGCGGUACGGAUAGUCUUGCCACGCGUCCAGAUGCUGAAUUGUUAGCAUCGCGGUUGCCAAACAUAGUGGAGAAAAAGUAUUUUCCAUCUUACUCGCAUUCCGAAUUUCUGUGGGGUGAUAACACCGUUACUAUGUUAUAUGACGAUCUGAUACGAACUAUGAAAAAUACCCUUAAUUAAAUGAAUUCAUAAUUAGUUUGUUAAUAGACAUAUUUAGUAUCCCGUGCAGAUGAUUGACACUUGACAGUUAUUUUGAAGCCAGUUGCACAGUUAGAGAUGUA